AUGGCACCCCGAGUCCCGAAACCCAAAGCCACGACGCCAGCUCUCGACGACACAUCUAGUAUCGCCUCAUCCCUAUCACCGCUCAAGCCCAAAGCGUCGAAGGUCGAGAAGAGCAAGGCUGAUAAGCAGCUGAAAGUGACGAAGGCUAAGGCUGAGAAGAUUGAGAAGAUUGAGAGGGCUGGUAAGGGGGAGAGGAAAGAUGGUGGUGGUGAGAAGAUGAAGAGGGAGAUUAGUAGGAAGGAGGGAAAGGAUGGUAAGAAGGAUGGUGGGGGUGGAGGUGCAGGGGGGGCGGGAAAGGAGAAAGUAAAGGCUGUUACGGGGGACCAGGCUGAGCAGUUGAUCAUGGCGUAUCUGAGGGAGCAGAAUAGACCGUAUAGUGCUACGGAGGUUAGUGCGAAUUUGCACGGCAAGGUCACCAAGACAGUCGCAGACAAGAUGCUCAAGGAAAUGGAGCAGAGCGGUGCAAUCAUGGGCAAAGCGAGUAACGGCGAGAAGAAAGCGGGUGAUAAGAGAGGCGGCCAGUGGGUUUUCUGGUGCAAGCAAGAUCCUGCCGAUAGCGCAACACCCGAGGAGCUCACGGCUAUGGAUACAACGAUCAGCACGCUCCGCGAAACCACACUCCCGCCACUAAAGACCAAAACCAAAGUCCUCACCAGCAAGCUUUCCAAUAUCCUCUCCGCGCCCACAACCGCAGACCUCAGUAUCAUCGUCUCGAAUCUCCGAGCGUCGAACGCGGAGAAGAGAGAGAGGGUGCAGGGUUUCAAAGAUGGGGGUGUGAAGAUGGUUACAAAGGAGGAGAGUGGGAGGGUUGAGAAGGAGAGUAAGUACUGGGCUUUGAAGAGGAGGGUAAGGAAGGAGUGCUUCUUGACGCUGGAGGCUAUGUUCUUGGAGGGUAUGCCGAGGGAUGAGGUUUGGGAGAGGGCAGGGAUUGAGGAUGGCGAUGCUGAGUAG